AUGUUCAUUCAGUCGUUCACAUACCACUCGUUCAUCAACACACCCGAUUCUUGCGACAGCUACACUUCCAACAACUACAACAGAUCCGCAUCCGUCCACGUAGCAACAUUCAACCAGCACCGAUUUGCAAUCAUCAUCUUUUCUCACACCGGUUGUUCCUUAUCCAUCAGCAUUGCUAUCAUCUACCAGCUCAGUGCGUCGCCAUUCAUCUUUCAGAAUCGUAAAAAAUCACCAAUAUCAGCAACCAAUACAGCCGAGGAUCAGCAACAAGAUAUUGUAUCGCAUCAGCAACCAUCUACUUGUUCUCCAGAUGUCAUUGUACAGCAACCUACUUGUCAACAACCUGCAUUCCUUACAGCAUCUCGGGGAUUUAUGCGCAAUUCACUUGAGACAGUCACUGAGGCAGGUUCAUCACCAUCACCAUCAGCAACAGAGGAGGAACAAUAUGAAGAAACGGUGCCUCCUACCUUGGUUAGGAGCCAACAAUGA